AUGUAUAUGUUUAUCUUUAAAUUUGUUUUACUUAUCCAAUUAUAUGUUGAAUGACUUAAUUUAUGCCAAUAUUUCGAUUUCAGAAAAAAAUGUAAUGCAACAAAUUGGGCAGUUAAAUAAAGUUAUCAUGGCGUAGGCCUAGUAGAACUAAAUAAUAAUAAGCUACUGUAUUAUUUUGUAAACAUUCGCAGAUUUGUAAAGCUUAUUCACCUUUUCUUAAAAUGGGAGACUAUCAGCCGUUGAGAUCUGACGAUGGUCACGUCAACGCUAGUGCAACAUCCCGAAACAAACCACCUGUCUACUACAAGAAACCUAUGUCACCAUUGCGAAGAGUUGCGUUUGUCUUUUCCGUCUUACUGUGUAUUACAGUCAUCACAGUAUUCCUGUGGGUCAUCCCAUGCGAUUGGUCUAAAUGUCCAGCGAGAGCCAAACAUCAACCCAUCAUGUCAUGGGAACGCUCCAUUGAAGGAUUGGAAAUCAAAGGUCCACUGAAAAUUGUGAGAGGCGCCCAAGGACUAAAUAUUGUAGCCAUGUACAAGGCACCUGUCCAGAAAUCCGAUUUGGGCAGAGGUUAUGACCAGUUCCCACCAAAAGGUCUGAUAUCUUUUAUGGGAACGACGGGAAUAAUAGCUUGGUUCUUCGGAGCUCCUUCACCAACCCACCUGGAUUGCCUGUCCCUCAAGAUCAAUGACAACUCUCUGCAGGAUUGCUUAGUCCGAGGGUCCAGAGGCUAUUUGGCUGCGGUCGACGCACUUUCUGGCAUUUUUAAGUGGCGUGCAGGCGCGAAUAAGUUCCGAUUGGUGGAUGUGUCAUUCCCCGUAGUCACGCCAGACUUGAACUACGAUGGAUAUCACGACUUGGCUGUCACAACGAGAAACAAGCAAAACAGCCAGUUCAUCGCUAUCAUCUCCGGACAGACAGGCUCGGUAUUGGGAAAGCCUAUGGAAGUUAAAGGCUGUACUGACAUCAACAAUUUGACCUUAGACAGAGACUACACACUUUAUUAUAACUGCAGAAAAAACAACAACAGCACUGGAAAAACGAUGAGUGUGGGCCAGAUUGCGCUUGUGUCAGCUGUUCAAGCUAUGACCAACCACACAGUGGAGCCCCGUGGCAGUGUCUCACCCCCCGCCAAGCAUCUCGGCAAUGAGUGGACGGUGAACAACUACAGACUGAAUCUUCAAAACUCCGGCUCAUCUCCUGCAGACUAUCAGGUGGUCAUCUCAGUAGUAGACCAUCACAACCAGAGUGUAUGGAACCCCACAUUGCAGCAGACAUACGCCAUGACUCCAGUGGUAUUGCAUCUACAACAUGCCAUCUCUGGGUUCCUGCUAAAGUUCUGGUACUGGCACAAUCCCACUGAACAGAGAAAAGACAAGAACGGUUACCUUGUGAACACCAUAAGUGAGAGGGUGGUGUUGGUGACCUUCAAUGCUACUGGUAGUGUCCACAUCGUCAACGCCAGUCAAACAGAGAUCAUACAACUGUGCUCAAACAGCACAUGUCAGCCACAGUUGGUGGAUCAGAUGGACUCACGUAAGUGUCCACAUCGUCAACACCAGUCAAACAGAGAUCAUACAACUGUGCUCAAACAGCACAUGUCAGCCACAGUUGGUGGAUCAGAUGGACUCACUGUCCACAUCGUCAACGCCAGUCAAAUAGAGAUCAUACAACUGUGCUCAAACAGCACAUGUCAGCCACAGUUGGUGGAUCAGAUGGACUCACUGUUAUUGGUACCAUUCAAUGCUACUGGUAGUGUCCACAUCGUCAACGCCAGUCAAACAGAGAUCAUACAACUGUGCUCAAACAGCACAUGUCAGCCACAGUUGGUGGAUCAGAUGGACUCACUGCUUAUAGUAGAUCUGGACGAAGACGGAUCACAAGAAUUGAUCUCCUACUUGGUAACUUACAAGGGAGACGACAAACCUGGCACUUGGCUUCAGUCCCGAGUUCGCCUCAUCCGACUGGAGGCCGAACUUCCCAAACUGUACGAGGCCAUUGAAGGCCACAAAGCACAACUUCUCGUCUCUAAAUCUGUGAACCACCUGUAAACUAAGGCUUCACAUUUCACUAUGGAUUUCUGUUGCAUACCUGUUUAAAAGGCUGAAUUUUUUGUUCCUGAGUAUUUUUUAUAUCAAUUACGAUAUAUUGUGACUGUCUAAUUAUAUAUUUUCCUUAGAUUUUAUGUUAGGUUCUUAAUUUUUUUUUUAUUAGCUAACAUCUACUUCUUUAUCUCUGUUUCACGCAUACCUAGUUUACAAUGUAAGCUGUUGGUUGAAUGUUUAUACAACCCUCCUAAUAAUGUAUAAGUUCAAUUUGAUAUUGAGAAAAGUUAGUAGCUUUUUGUGUGGUUUGAAACUAGAAAACUGGACCCAGCUUUCUUUAAUAAUUGGACUUUUUCUUAAGAUCCUGGCUAAAGCAAGAGCUCAUAAAUAUUCGGUUGAAAAGCUAAGCAAGGCAUCACAUUUUGUUAGAAACAGUCAAUGUUGUUGUCUAUUAAAAAGCUUAUUGAUACCUUAUGUGGUAUUAAUUAGUUACUUCCUUAUCUUGAAUGAUUUGAUUUGUGUUGUUAGUGUGAUUAUUAUCUGACUAGCUGUAACCCGCGGGCUUUGCCCCAUUUAACUUCUUAAUUUUCAAGAUUAUCUCGUUCGCAUGGCUCAAUCACGUCCUGGUUGAAGUUUGUUCGCU